UCCGCAACCCAAAUACGCGUAAUAAACAAAGAAGGAAAUCCCCGUCUCUCCGCCGCCGUUCCACCCCUCCCGUCCCGUCCCCGGCUCGUCGCCGGCCGCCUCCAAACCAUCUUCACCUCUUCUACUCGCCGUCCGGCCGGAGCCUUCCGUACGGAAUCCCAAUUCCCCACUCUAAACCGCGGGAAUCCGUUCGCCUGUCCGCGGGAUUUGCUCAAAUUCGUCGGAAUCCCCGAGCCGAGUUGGCGCCGCGAUGGGGGCGAACGCCGACCCCUCGGGGUCCCUCGGUGGACCCCGCCGCCACUCCUCCCCUGCGGCUGUGGCGCUGCAGCACGGCCUGGCCGCGAGCACCGCGGCCGCGCUGCGCCACGACCCCGGGCUCGCCAUGCAGUGGUCACCCGAGGAGCAGGCCGUGCUCGACGACGGAUUGGCCAAGUAUGCACUUGAUGCAGCUAUAGUUCGCUAUGCAAAAGUCGCUUUGAGUCUGCCCAACAAGACAGUACGAGAUGUCGCCCUUCGUUGCAGAUGGAUGUCUAAAAAGGAGAACAACAAGAAAAGGAAGGAAGAGGUGGUUAAGAAAAGCAAAGAAAAGAAGGAAAAAGUUGACUCUUCAACAAAAGAGCCUGCUCACUUGGCACGAUCCAAUGUUCCUCCAUAUUCCGUUCCUGUUCUCCCUAUGGAUGAUGAUGAUGGAUCAUACAAAGCAAUUGGUGGUCCAACUGGGGAACUUCUGGAGCACAAUGCACAUUUGUUAAACCAGAUCUAUAAGAACAUUUCAAACAUGCAGGUGCAGGAGAACCUCUCUCUUUUAUGUGAGACUAGGGAUAAUAUACUCACAGUCCUGGGACAGGUAGGAAAUGCUCCAGAAAUAAUGAGGCAGAUGCCACCCCUACCCGUAAAGUUGAAUGAAGAUCUGGCGAGCACUAUGUUGCCAAGGCCUCCACACCCACGUACAUGAUGUGUGCAGUAGUUGACUCACUCAAUCAUCUUUGCGUGAAGAUUAGAGUCGAAAGCUGGGCCAGUUAGUUUGGGUAAUAUGAGAUGCCUGUUUGUGCCGUCCUGAUGUUAGAUCCGGCCUUGCAAGAACUUCGUCUUUAUACCUUGUUCAGUUGUUCUAUCCGUUCAGCUGAUGUCCUAGAUGUUUCAUGUACAAAGCCAGCAGUUUCAGUUUAAAAUGUCCACAAACCCAUAGCGCUUGUAGAGAAACGUAGGGGAUAAACCCAUGUACAGCCAACCAGUCUAAAGAAAAGCAGCUUCAUGCAUGCUCGGAAUUGGCGUUGCAUUCUGUAAAGAUUUCAGAAAGUGUCAGCACAUGAUACUAAAAGAAAUUGAUAUAAGUUGAUCUCUCUGCUUUAA